AUGUCGGGAUCUGCAAACGGGUACACGCGCAACAAGCAUUGUCUGGCAAAUCGGGUCACAAGAUGUGUUUCGGAAGGAUUGUUCUCACCGCAAUUCCCUUUAUUUUGUUUUCUUCAGUUUGACGUCUCUUCGGACAAAGGUGCUGCUGCCUUUAAUGGAUUCAUGGGAUCCAAGUCCUACAUUGAAGGCUGGUCCUUUUCCCCGGCCGACUCGGAAAUGUUUGCGAAAUUCGAGUCCGUUCCGGACGCGGCCAAAUUUCCGCAUUCGUACCGUUGGUACAUUCACGUUGCGGCCUUGCAAGGCGUGCGUGGGCUGAACUUGAGUCCACCGGCACCGGCGGCUGCCGCGGCUCCCGCCGCCGCCAAGGCCGACGCCGAGGACGAAUUCGACGUAUUUGGUGACGACGACGAGGAAGACGACGAACCCAAAGAAUCCCGUGCCGAUAUGUUGGCUCGUCUCAAAAAGGAAGCAGAAGAACGUACGGCCAAGAAAGAAGCCAAUCAGCGUACUCUUGUGGCCAUUGAAAUCAAACCCUGGGACGUGGAACAGGAUCUCAUGGUGUUGUGGAAGAAAAUUACGGAAACGAUUGUGCAGGACGGUCUCAAAUGGGGCGAAUCCUGUAAUCUGGCGGAUGUCGCCUACGGGAUCAAGAAAAUUCAGUGCACGUUUGUUAUGGGUGUCAAUAACUCCUCCGAUGAUGUUGUCGAAAAGAUUUUGGAGAUGGAAGACGAGGUUCAGAGUUGCGAAGUUACCUCGAUGAAUGUGCUCUAAGCAGUGCGUCGCCAUACUUGAUUUACGGUAAGGCUCGAUAAUUGACUGACUGUGAGACGCAGAUAUAAGAAAUUGUUUUCAAAGCCAAAUUGCAUGAUAGCGCGGGUAGACUGAGGAGAAAUACAAGGAAUGGGCACUGCUGCUGCCUGUAACGACAAUGCGUCUUAUCUGUAAGACACAACAAGCGUGUAACUGUGAGUCAUGUCAGUCA